AUGCCUUCCCACCCACUCAAAAGCGGUGGUCACUACAAGCAGAGUCAUAUUGAAGACGAGGUCGACGAUAUUGUUCAUGAUUAUGGGCGUAUCAGCAAACCACAUCCUCUUCUCAAAGAGGCACUUGAAAAGCCAGACAGCUAUGCUCUUCUCUGGGAGGUGAUCGAAACCCAGGUCUCUCUCAUAAAGUCCCGCUCACAGGCAUUUGAGGAUGGCCAUAUCACCAUCUAUGACAAGGCUCUUCUGAUCCUCACCAAGAAUGGAAAAGAGAUCAUGGACAUGGGAGCUUUGGAACUCUUCCUCGAUGAAUACGUUGGUAUCCCUGCCAAUGGAACCGUCGUCAAACAGCAGCAUGUCUUAGACAAGCAUGUCGCUCUCAAGAGCCUCUUGAAAAAGAGUAGGUCAUAUUUCGCCCAUUUUGACAAGAGCACGGAUGAAAAGACGGGCACCGACGCACCGGUCGGUGACUCUUCCUCCCCUCAUCCUGAGAGUCAAUGCUAUGAAAGGGAGACGAAGUCUCAUUCCAGCGAUGACCCUGUCGACCCAAAGGUGGACGAGAGUAUCGAGCGUAUGCUGAACAUCUACUUCAAAGCGAAGGAAGACUAUCAUGCAACCAGUGGCGCUAGCCGUUCUGAGAAGCUUGAGGCUGUCAAAUUUCUUCGGGACACAGCUGAGAAUACGCUCAAUUACCUUCAAGCGCAUCGCAUAGCUGACAAUACGAUUGUGCCCGAGCUGCAGCGCUCCUUUGAGAUGGCCAAGGAGGUGGCUACCUCCCUCUCCGGUGGCAGGAAGAGAAGAUUCGAGAUUCAUGAGGGCCGUGGGGGAUUCCACGGGGGCCGUUCUCGCUAUGGAUAUAAACAUCCAAAGUUCCGUGCAGGUGACUUCUAUCGGUUUCUGCCCCCUUUAUCUCCGCUGUUCAGAGUCCCGUCCCGCCCCACCCUCUCAGCAUCAGAAGAUACACCGUCGAGCAGCUCUCCUGGGGCCUCAAAUGCCCAGCUGACACCCAAUUCCGAUGGUCCUGGCGAUGAGAGUUUCCUCUUGCCUCAGCCACCACGUGGAGUGGAACUACAUAAGUUGCAGACAGAUUUCAAUCAUGCCGAGGCACAGAGGAGCUCGUACGACCAACGCCAGGACGAUUCAAUUGACUACGCCCAAAGUUUUGACUCUCGAGAGGGGUUCAAAGAGUUCCGUGGUCAGACAGGGUUCCUUGCAAAUUAUUCAGCGGCGGAGGAACGCGAGGUCGUGAGAAAGUUUGAUAGACAUUUGGUAUCUUUCUUGGCUUUACUUUAUUUACUUUCCUUUUUGGAUCGCUCAAAUAUUGGUAACGCAAAGAUCGCUGGUCUCGCCGACGAUCUUGAUCUGUCAUCCUCGCAAUAUGAAUGGCUACUUACAGCUUUCUAUAUUACCUAUAUCCUCUUCGAAUGGAUGACUUUGAUGUAUCGCAUUGUUCCCCCGCAUGUAUACAUUUCGCUGUGUGUUCUUUCAUGGGGGUUGAUUGCAUCUUUUCAAUCUUUGGUUACUUCCUUUGGGUCAUUGGUCGUGCUGCGUGCUUUACUUGGGAUAUCCGAGGCUGCAUUUGGUCCCGGCGUUCCAUUUUACCUUUCAUUAUUUUACAAGCGCGAGGAACAGGCAUUCCGGACUGGCCUCUUCAUUUCUGCUGCUCCUCUUGCGACUACUUUUGCUAGCAGCUUGGCCUGGUUGAUUGUCAAGCUUAGCGAUAACGGUCUUAUCGCACCUUGGCGCACGCUCUUCUUGGUGGAGGGAUUCCCAAGCGUAGUUGUUGCCGUCAUAGCAUGGAAAGUUAUCCCGGAUAGCCCUGGGACAGCUCUCUUUCUCACUCGUCGGGAGAGAAAGGUUGCAAAGUUGCGGCUUCAGCUGCCUCAAGCUGAACCCCAUCAAUCUCAAAGCGGCAAGUUCGAUUGGCGCCAGGUCGGAAAUGUACUCGCAGAUCCAAAAUCCUAUCUCAUGGCUCUUAUGUUUUUGAGUUGCAACGUGGCAUUCAGCUCAAUGCCGGUUUUCUUACCGACCAUUAUCAAAGAUAUGGGGUUCUCUCGCUCAGCUUCCCAGGCUCUUUCAGCGCCUCCGUACAUAAUCGCCUUCUUUGUUGUCCUGGUGACGGCAUAUUUCUCUGAUCGCGACCGUGCUCGAAGUCCCUAUCUCAUCGUCCAUGCUCUUCUUUCAUCUCUUUCUUACCUUAUUAUAGCGGCCACUGGAUACUUCCACUCUCAUCUUGCACCCGAGGUACAUACUGCCAUUCGCUAUUUCUGUAUUUACCCGGCGACCUUUGGUUUCUUCUCCUCCAUAACUAUUAUCAUCACAUGGUCUAUGGAUAACCGUGUCGCCAAAGAAGGGAAGGGUGCUGGGGUUGCCAUUCUCAACAUCAUUGGACAAUGCGGGCCACUCAUUGGAACAAGGCUCUAUCCCGAGAGUGAUGGGCCGUGGUACGUGCCUGGUAUGGUAGCGUGCUCGCUCUUUAUGGCUUCUGUGGUCAUCAUGGCGCUUGUAUUGAGGUUGCUCUUGCAGAGGGAUAACAGGAAGAUGGCCGAGAAAGCGGACAGUAUGGAGAUGGGAUCGCAGAGAGAGGAAAGAGAAGGUCUGAUGGGCUCUGUGGCGGAAGCAGGACUCCCAGCCACGGACACGAAGUUCACAUACAUCAUUUAG